GAAAUUGUCAGUCACUUACGAGUUGGCUGGCUUCGUUCGUAGAGGUUUGUUUGUUCGUUCAAUCGUUGUGCGUCGUGAUUUUUGGUGCAUGAGUUCGAUCGUACGCAUUGAUUGAGCUGAGAAAAACCGCGUCCACAGUGUAAAUAAUAGUGAAGAGUCACGUGGAUACGAAUAUUUAGAACGAGACGAGUUAUUUUCGUUUUCUACGAGUGCUAAAACUUUGGCGCACUGAAUAAACUAAGUGACAGUUGUUGCAAUCUCGACUUAUCAUUAUCCUUAUUGGAGUGUUUUAUUGGUUGCGGAGUUGUGAACUGUAAACAAAAUGAGCGUAGGAGUUUAUUAUAACAAACCACACACCAACCUUUUCCAGCCUAAGCCCUACAGGCGGGAAGUGCAAAAGGUCAAAAGGCAACUUUUUGGACCGUACGAUGCUGAAGCUACACAACGUUUCGUUAGCCAAGAGUUGGAAAAACGUAUCGUCACCCAGACUGAACGUUGGAAUUUCGAUUUCGUAAAUGAUAAACCUUUGAGUCCCAAUGGCAAAUACGACUGGAGACCAGCUUCACCUGCUGUCAAAUGCUCUAGACCCAUGAAGAGGAGACCGUCCAAAGAUCUGGAAUUUGACAAUCACGAUUUGUAUUGCUUACCUGAGAAUAUAUGCCACCUGAAAAUUGAGAAAACUGCUGUGGAAGAGGAGAAAACUCCGCCAAAGAACAGUCACAAAACACAAUCACUCAUCACAGAUUUCAUGCAGUUCAAAAAGAGCUCCGGUCUGGAGAUGCCCAAGAAGAGCAAGACGGGGGGCAGACCGACCAAAAUACCGAGGAUGGCCGACGAGCUGACGAGUUAAGCGACAACACAAUAUCAAAGGACUAGGACUCCUGAAAACACUUGUUACAAAAUAUAGAUCUCCAAGAAAAUUUAAUAUAAUAAUGAUUCUUUCGUAUGUUAAGAGUACAAUUUAAGUUUUGUUUCAUGAAUGAAAAUUUUUUAUUAAUUUUAAGUUUGUACAGUAAGUACUAUUUUUGUUGGUCUUGAUUUCAUUUAUUUAGACUAUGUAUUUAUUUUUUUUCGAAGGAACUCCUUUCGUUUGAUCUCCUGAAAUUCUGAAUUUGUUGGUGGUCAAUUUGUCUGUAACAGUUUUUUCUGCUGACGGGCCGGAUGCUGCUGAUACUUCCAGGUUUCCGGCUUAUUUCUUCCAUUUCCAACGUUUCUUCCAAGGGAAAGAAUUGAUUAAUUUCGAAUUAUGUAAAUAUCGUGAGAGGAAUUGUCUACGGAGUAUUAUAUCGACUUGUAAUUGGUUUGCAAUUUCCGAUUUAUUUAUUUCGUAGCUCCCAAGAAAUGAUCCCCGGGUAUAUUCGCGAAAAAAAAUUAAAUUAUUUGCGGUUCGAGGUCGCGUCGUUAUUUGGGAGCUACCCUGUAUAAAAUUGUAUAUAAAAUGCACUCUUGUAAAUAACACCCCCUCAGUAAAGUGCAAUUUGUAUAUUGAAAAAAAUAAAUAUAUUUGUCCAUUGGAAGAAAAGUCAUUUGCU